UCCUUAAAGGAGACAUGUUUAUUGUCCAUAAUGAAUUGGAAGAUGGCUGGAUGUGGGUUACAAACCUACGGACAGAUGAGCAAGGUCUUAUUGUAGAAGACCUGGUAGAAGAUGUGGGAAGAGAAGAAGAUCCACAUGAAGGCAAAAUAUGGUUCCAUGGGAAGAUCUCCAAACAAGAGGCUUACAAUUUGCUGAUGACAGUUGGUCAGGUGUGCAGUUUUCUUGUGAGGCCUUCAGAUAAUACACCUGGUGAUUAUUCACUUUAUUUUCGGACCAGUGAAAAUAUUCAGCGUUUUAAAAUAUGUCCAACAUCAAACAAUCAGUUUAUGAUGGGAGGCAGAUACUAUAAUAGUAUUGCUGACAUCAUUGAGCACUAUAGAAAAGAACAGAUUGUUGAAGGGUAUUACCUGAAAGAUCCUGUUCCAAUGCAGCACCAAGAACAAGUGCUUAACGAUACAGUGGAUGGAAAAGAAAUCUACAAUACAAUUCGUCGGAAAACAAAGGAUGCUUUUUAUAAAAAUAUUGUCAAAAAAGGUUAUCUUCUGAAAAAAAGUAAAGGAAAGAGAUGGAAAAACUUGUACUUUAUAUUAGAGGGAAAUGAUGCCCAGCUUAUUUAUUUUGAAAGUGAAAAACGAGCCACAAAACCCAAAGGACUAAUAGACCUUAGCGUGUGUUCCGUCUAUGGAGUACAUGACAGUUUGUUUGGCAGGCCAAACUGUUUUCAGAUAGUAGUUCAGCACUUUAGUGAAGAGCAUUACAUCUUUUACUUUGCAGGAGAAACUCCAGAACAAGCACAGGACUGGAUGAAAGCUCUGCAGAUGUUUUGCAGUUUAAGAAAAACCAGUCCAGGAACAUCAAGUAAACGUCUACGUCAG